ACAGUCUUUGUGGUGACCUGUGGGAGGACUGAUCAACGCUGAUAAAGGGUAUAAAGCUGAACCCCCGGGGACUGACAGACCAUGUCCAGGACCAUGAGCUACCAACUCAAACUGGCCGAGAAGCUGACCAUCCUCAACGAGAGGGGGAGGGGGGUGCUGGUCCGAAUGUACUACAUCAAAAAGACCUGCUCGGACCCCAGGCUCAAGCCCCCCUGCCUCAUGGAGAAGAGCAUGGAACCAGCCAUCAAAUACAUCAACAAGAAGUUUCCCUCCAUUGAUUUCAGAGGAAACAGUCAACACCUGAGCAAUAUCCAGAAGGAAAAAUCCGAAGUCCUGAGAGUCCUGACCAGUUAUUAUCAGUCCUUCCUUGAUGUGAUGGAGUUCAGGGAUCAUGUUUAUGAACUCCUGAACACCAUAGACGCAUGCCAGUGUUUCUUUGACAUUUCAGUGAACUUCGACUUCACGAAGAACUACCUGGACCUGAUUGUGACCUAUACCUCUGUCAUUCUCAUGCUCUCCCGCAUUGAUGAGAAGAAAGUGCUGGUGGGGAUGUACAACUGUGCACACGAGAUGUCCAAUGGAACCAGCGAUCCAGCAUAUCCUCGUCUUGGGCAGAUGCUCCUGGAGUAUGAUCAUCCUUGGAAGAAGCUGACGGAGGAGUUCGGGCCGCACACCAAGUCUGUGACGGAGGCCCUGCUGUCCCUCCGGCUGGUGUACCCACGCCGGAACCUCCCGGCCGAACAGUGGCGCAGCGCCCAGCUGCUCAGCCUGCUCUCCGCGCCGGCCGCCAUGCUGAGCCCUGCCAGCUGCGACACGAUACCAUGCGAGUACCUGUCUAUAGAAGUGAUGGAGCGCUGGAUCAUCUUGGGCUUCCUGCUCUGCCACAGCAGCCUCAACACAAACCCGCCCUCCCAGGACCUGUGGAAAAUGGCCCUGCGCAGCGGGCUGUGCAUCACCCUGAUCCGUGACGAGGUGCUCCACUUCCACAAGGCCACGGAAGACUUCUUCGACACACUUAAGGGAUAUGGCAAACGGAUCACCGAUAUUAAAGAAAGCAGGGAACAAGCCAUAACAACGAGUGGGGCUAUGCAUCGUGAACGCAGGAACUUCUUGAGGAACGCUGUGAAGGAGCUCACCAACAUCCUGGAGGAUGAACCCGGGCUCCUCGGACCCAAGGCCCUGUUUGUGUUCAUGGCUCUGUCCUUCUCCCGUGAUGAAGUACUCUGGCUUGUUCGGCAUGCUGAAAAUGUUCCCAAGACCAAGACCCCAGAAGACUACGUGGAUCCGCAGAUGGCAGAGCUGCUGUUCUACAUCGACAAGAUGCGUUCCAUGCUCCGUCUGCACACCCGCGUGCUGCAGCGCUACCAUCUGCAGUACCUGUCGCAGUUCGAUGCCCUGGCACUCAACGACACCAUGCAGAACCUGUCUGUCUGUCCUGAGGAGGAGUCCAUCCUGAUGACCUCCUUCGUGUCCAGUCUGUCCGCCAUGACCGUAAAACAAGUGGAAGAGGGUGAGGAAUUUGACUUCCAAGGGAUGAGACUGGACUGGUUAAGACUCCAGGCAUACACCAGUGUGUCCAAGGCUCCCCUGAGCAUCAGAGAGUGGCCAGACUUGGCCAGGCUGAUGAACAUGAUCGUCUUCCACACCAUGAUGAUGGACAACAUAGAAGGCCUCUGCCAGGAGACCUCUGACCUCUCAAACCUCUGCUUCUACCCGCGCGUGUUCGAGAAGUUGUUCGCCCAGAGCAUCGAGGAGGUGCAAAUGCAGCGCUACCUGAUCGCCUUCCCUCUGACCUGCACCCACUUCAGCCAGUGUUCGCACGCCAUGUGUCCAGAGGAGACCUCCACGUUGGAGAGCAAAAGCCUGAAGUUCUGCAUGACGCUCCUGGAGGAGAUCUCUAAGCAGACCUGCAACAUUGUCAUGGAGAUCUGCGCUGAGCAGUGCAACCUUAGUGACAAGCUCCUGCCCAAACACUGCGCGCACACCAUCAGCAAGGCCCGCAACAAGAAGCAGAAGAAAGCGGGCCCCAAGAAGGCCGAGGUGCAGAGCGAGAAGCCGGGGGCUGAGAGCCAGAGGAAGGACCGCGCCAUUGCUCGCCUGGCAAAGACCAUCAUACAGAUGGCCAACUACAACCAGGUGACGCAGGAGAUCGCCCGGCCCUCGGACCUGCUGGCCGGCAUCAGGGCCUACAUGACCACCCUGCACACCCUGUCCCGCUACAUCAGCGUGGACGUGACGCGGCUGCUGAGGAGUGUCCUGCUGCAGCAGACACAGCCGCUGGACAGCCAGGGGGAGCAGACCAUCACCACGCUCUAUACCAACUGGUACCUAGAGGGCCUCCUGCGCCAGGCCAGCAGCGCCCUGAUCGUCCACUCUCCAACCAUGAGGUGUUUCAUCAACCAACCCAAUGACAACGAGCAGAGUUUCAGUGCCCAGCAGUACUCCGAUACUGCAGAAAUGCAAGCCCUGGCAGAGCUGAUUGGCCCCUAUGGGAUGAAGUUCCUAAGCGAGAACCUGAUGUGGCACAUUACCUCACAAGUCAGUGAGCUAAAGAAACUUGUGGUUGAGAACAUGGACAUUUUAGUACAAAUGAGAUCCAGCUUCGACAAACCAGAACAAAUGGCUGCUCUUCAAAGGAGGCUGCCUGCUGCUGACAAUGUCCUGAAGAGAAUGACCAUCAUUGGAGUGAUCCUGUCCUUCCGGGCCAUGACCCAGGAAUCCCUCAGAGAAGUGAUGCACAAGCACUGCCCCUUCCUCAUGGGUCCCAUUGAGUGCUUGAGGGAUUUUGUCUCUCCGGAUACUGACAUCAAGGUGACCCUCAGUGUGUUUGAACUGGCUACUGCUUCUGGCGUGCCCUGCGACAUCGAUCCUGCUCUUGUCAGCGCCCUGGCCAGCAUGCGCACAGACAACUCCUCUACAGAUGAGGAGUAUAAACUAGCCUGUCUGCUCCUGGUGUACGUUGCUGUGUCACUGCCAGUCCUGGCCUUUGACCCGAAUUCCUACUACAGCCGUGAAUAUGGAGGGCACCACAACAACAUCCACUGCCUGGCCACGGCCAUCAACCAGCUAGCUGCGGCCAUGUUCACCAACCUGAACAAGAACAUAGAGGAGCACCUGAAGGAAUUCCUGCUGGUGGCAUCAUCCACUCUGCUACAGCUGGGGCAGAAUGUGGAGAGGACUGAGAGCAAAAACAGGGAUUCCAUCUACCUCCUGCUGCACUUGAUUGUCGAGGAAUCGCCCUUUUUAACCCAAGACAUGCUGGAGAGCUGUUUCCCUUACGUGCUUCUGCGCAACGCCUACAGAGAGGUCUACAAAUCCUUUGUGAUCACAGUGGGAUGAGUACAAGCGAGACACAGUCACCUCGAGCACGGCUGAGGCAGCCUUGGGCCUACUGUUCUAAACACAGGACACCGACUGACACCAGAACCUUAUUAGCUCAGCCUUUGUUUUACAGCUCCUUUAUGCAACGCACUUCAGCAGAACAGAUGCAUUGUCUGAACGAGAUAGCAAAGCCUUCAUUUCUUGAUUGACCCUACUGCUGAAAAAGCGAAAAACAUUAAGAGUGAACUGGUACAAACACUUGCAAUGACAUUUGUUAGAGUUGUUUCUUUUAGAGCUUGAAAAGGACCACACCAGCCCCAGACCACACUUAGGACAGAAGCCUGACCUCCACUAGACAUGCCUGCACUCUCAAACCAAACUGUCAGGAACCUAGCUAUGUGCAUAGCAAGAGUUUCUCUACACAUUUUAUAUACUUUUUUAACCCACUUUAAAAUGUCUUGCAUGAUCCCCACUGCACUGCUACUUCAAAGUAGCCAGAUGAAAAAAUGUAACAACACAGCAUGAGACUCUUUGUCUUUAUGCAACAACUUGAAAUUUAUGUUGAUAUUUCUGUAUCUCAAGCCACACAUUUUAUUAUGAAACAUUGUGAAAGACAAGAGGCAUUACUUUGAAAGAACUUGUACAAUAAAAAACAAAAUGUAUGUAUUAAUCCACAGUUUACUAAUUUUGUAAAAGUUGCUUUUGUUAAAACAUUUUCUAAGCACUAUGAACCCGGAUCCCCAUCCAUAAUUUUUUUUAAACUUAUACAGAGAGAGCUUGUCAUUUUUUUAACAGUUAAAUAAGUUUAUAUACUGUAAACACAAACUAUCUGAAGAAAAAACUAAAUGCCCCCUUUAUGAAAUGUUAAAAUACCCAGCUACUGGAACUACUGUAAGAGCAAAUUCUUUCAUAUUUGAAGACUUUUCUACCUAACUUCCAAUACUGACCACUGCACAUUUAUUCUUUUCUCAUGUUAAAUCAAACAUUUGCACCUAAGGGAUUUAUAACUAUGUUUGUCAAUAAACCAGAUAUUGUGAUUUAA